UUAACCCAGCUGGCUUCACGUCAGUGUGUGUGUGUGUGACUAAAACUGGUGAUUACGCGGAAAUAACCAGCUUUGCCAGAAUCAAAUAAAUAAAGGAUUACUAUCGAGUGGCCACCUGUGCACGCCUGUAACACUGUCCACAAUGUCCAGGCAGUCCAACCGAACCACAGACAGCAAGAAGAUGAACUCUGAGCUGUUCACUCUGACUUACGGGGCCCUGGUUACCCAGCUUUGUAAAGACUACGAGAAUGACGAGGAAGUCAAUAAACAACUGGACAAGAUGGGUUAUAACAUCGGAGUGCGUCUGAUUGAGGACUUCCUGGCACGCUCCAGCAUCGGCAGGUGUCAGGAUUUCCGAGAAACAGCCGAUGUCAUUGCUAAGGUUGCAUUUAAGAUGUACCUGGGAGUCACUCCCAGUGUGACCAACUGGAGCCCCGCAGGAGAUGAAUUUUCCCUCAUCCUCGAGAACAACCCGUUGGUUGACUUUGUGGAGCUGCCAGACAACCACAGCACGCUGAUCUACUCCAACCUGCUGUGUGGGGUCCUCAGAGGAGCCCUGGAAAUGGUCCAGAUGGCUGUGGAUGUGAGAUUCGCUCAGGACACUCUGAGAGGGGACAAUGUGACAGAAAUCCGCAUGAAGUUCAUUAAGCGGAUCGAAGAAAAUCUCCCAGCAGGAGACGAGUGAUGGAAACUCCCAGCUCGUGUGGGGAGGGGCCGACUGAGUCACCACCACAAGGGACACCUUCAAAACAGACUGAAAGGACGAAUGAUCUCAAAACAUCAAGAUGAGCGCAGUAUCUCGAUAGCCCGAAGGAUGGUCACUUUCCCCCGCAACUGUACUCGUCACUUCUCAGUUUCUAGUAUCUUCACCUCAUGUGUCAGGAGAAGAAUGCCAGGAAUUAGAAGAGACGGUUGAGAUUCCCUGAGAAAAGAAACACUGUACACUAUUGAAAUAAAACGCGACAUCAUAACGUGUCCCUCCUACCUUAAAUAUCUUAAGGUGUAAAAAAACUAAUCCUGGCACUGAUCUGUGGUCCAGUUUGAUGGAAAUGUUAUGUUGUUGUUGAGGAGAAUAGAAAGCCUGUGACUAUUUAUGUGUUACCAUCCUUCACGGAGAGUCACUUUUAUUUCUGGAAAGCAUGAUGUCUUUUCUUUUGGCCAUGUAUAGACUUUUGUCUUUUGUUAUUUGGCGCGAAGCUGGAAAAACUUGCAUUGUAACAUUUUAUGUUCGUUUUCUUUCUUUCUU